AAUUCAUUAUUAUAGUAAAAAGCUUUUCCAAUAAAUUUUUGCAUAAAUAUUAAGUAUUUUUAUGCACAUUCUGUGUUUCUGCAAAUGUUUGAAGACUAAGAAAUUUUUGCACAUUUUAUCGAGAAUUAACAAUCUAAAUAUUAAAGAUAUUUAUAACUUCGUGAUCAACAGCUAAGAUUUUGCGUUUUGAGGCAAGUUCUACAUGCGCUCUUGGCUCAUAGCCUAUCUUUUAAAGUUAUUUUUAACCAGCUGCACUGUUCGAGACCAAGUUUUAAGUAGUAGGAGGAUUUCAUGCGGCUCGUUCUUUUGUAUUUCCCGUUAACUGUACCUUAAUUUCUCGUGUGUUGUAAUCGAUGGAUUUCGUAAAUUGUUCGGCAAAACACUCCUCAAAAGGUUGUUGCGGUCGUAAGGCUGAGACAAACAGUGAUCUUGGAAGCUGUGAUCAUAUCUAUGCAAAUUUGGUCGAAUGCAAAACCAAAGGUAUAAAUACUGAAGAUUUCGUUUAUAUCGAACCGAUGACAGUAACAUCUAUGAACAAAUGUAAUGAAGAUUUCAGAAAAAGGCAUACUUUUUGGUCAAAUUCGAAUGUCUUUGCAUGUCAAACUUCCCCCGUUUUCGUUCGUAACAAAAUGGACAGGGAAGUGAAAGAAGACCCGAGAGAAUCGACGCAUUCUUUGUACAGAUUACCGCAUGAUACAGAUUUCCAAUGUCCCAGAUGUGGACAAAGAAUGGAGGAACCUAGACUCCUUCCUUGCUUGCAUCCUAUUUGUUUUUCUUGCGUUUACGAAUUAAUGAGCAAACCUCCGAAUAUUUCUUCGAAGAACGAAAUACGAGACAAUAAUCGAAAUUACGCGCAAUCCGAUAUUUACGAAACGUGUCCGUUAUGCGACUCGUAUUUGCCGAAUGCUAAUUCUGCCACACCGCCGCCGCACUAUCCUUUACAACAUCGUUCAGUCAUGGACACUAUGCGACGUAAACUGGUCAAUAGAGUACUUUGUGAUACCUGCAUAGGCGAAGUUCCGGCACUCAUACAAUGUUCAACGUGUUUGUGCAAUUUCUGCUCAGAAUGCAGUAGACAACAUGAACGACAAAAUAUUACAGAAGCGAGAACAAUUAAACAUUUAAUGAGACCAUUAUGGGAGGCUACUAAAGUACGACGGACGAUUUUAUGCCAAAUACACCCGAUGCACGCUUUAAGAUUUUACUGCAUUGCGUGUCAACAGGUAACGUGCAAAGAAUGCAUGUGGAGUAUGCAGCACAGAGGUCACGCUAGUGAAGAUGCUGUUGGAGUGGGAAGAAGAGUUAGUGCAUAUUUAGUAAUGAUGUUGCAGAAAGCAAGAGUACAUCUAAAUAAUUUAUUGAUUCAUUACAAUCAUGAUGUAUUUUCAACUAACGAUCUCGAAGAAGUACACAAUAUAGCCAAGAUUUGCAGGUAUGUCUACAACUAUAACAUUACAUUAUAAAACUGGAAAUUGUAUAAAUUAUAUUGCACAAAUAAGAAUUCAUAUCAAACUCAAUGCAUUGUUUAAAAAUUUUAAUUUUAAUUUGUAAUAAAAAUGCAUUUUGAUGUA